ACUUCAAGAAAAUUAAUCAAAAUGUCGUGUAUAAAAUGCAUGUCGACAGUUGAAAUUUAUUUUUAAAAAUUUCUCAAAUUGUGUUUUAUUAUAAAACAAAUAAUAAGUUUAAAAAAGUGAUUUUGGAAUAUUAGUAAUACCUGUUCAAUAAUUUUGAUUAGUUUUGCUUUUGGACAAAAUAAUGAGACAGAAGCUUCUCGUUCACCAGAUUCUUGACAACACAUGCAGGAUCUUUCCAUUUGCCAUAUUUUGCUACCCGAUACCUGUUAAAAAUAUUUAUAUCAAAAUAAACGAAAAUGUGUUUUAAUAUUAAAAAAGUAUUAUUAUGAAGAAGUAUAUAAAUAUUAAUUGAAAUAAAAAAAAAGCAAUAAAAAGAUGUCAGAAAGUUCAGAUUCCGAUUCAAAAUCAACAUCUACUAUACCACUCGAAGGGGAUACACGUGAAACGGGAAUCUGUCGUGAUUUUCAACGAGGGUUUUGUGAUCGAGUUCGUUGUAAAUUCAAACAUGAAAAAUCUUCUGAUUCAACAUCAACCCCCACAUUAGUAUUUUGUCAUGAUUUUCAAAAUAAUUCAUGCCCACGUCCAACAUGUAAAUUUAUACAUUGUUCUGUUGCGGAAGAAGAGCAAUAUAAAAAGACUGGUGAAUUACCACCUCAUUUACAGCUGGAUGCUGUGAGAAAACAACAAAUUUCAAUUGGUUCAUCUUUACCUGUUUGUAAAAAUUACUUAAAUAAUGGAGAAUGUAGGCGACAAAAUGCAUGUAAAUUUCGUCAUUUAACACAAGCACAGUAUGAAGCUGAAAUUCGUAGACUGAUUAAAACAAAUUCAGAUUUUAAUAGAUAUCCAAAUAAAAAUAAUAAUUUUGAUCAAUAUUUUCUAAGAAAUACAAAUGAACAAUCGCCACAAAUAAAUUAUUUCCGAAAUGGUGGAGUUCGUCGAAAUGGUAGUGAAAAUACUUACAAUAGCUUUGAUGAAUAUGGACCACCAGAACCAAAGAGGAGAAUUUUAGUUCCAAAUAAUAUUGAAUUUUUAGAUGCAAACGGUUUUCGUAUUCCUGAUUCUGAUUUAGAUAGCAGAUCAUUACAUUUAAAAAAUUAUUUUAAUGCUACACAAAAUCCUGAUUCAAAUAUAAGCAAAGAUGCAAGAAUUAUUUUAUUAGAAGAAGAAAAUGUUAUUUUACAUAAACAAAUCGCUGAUUUGAAAAAGCAGGUUUCUGAUUUAACUGCAACAAACGAAUUUUUACUUGAUCAAAAUGCCCAAUUUCGGGUAUCUAAUAAGCGAAAUCAAGCAAAUGUUACAUCAGUCACAGUACCAGCUGUAACGAUAACAAAUACUACUAAUAAUACACCUACUCAACCUCCGCAACAAGUAAUAAGAACUGUUACGGCAAGCGUUGCUACAGUACCUGUAUCGAUAGCAACUGUGACAGCAGGGAGUCCAGUUUCAAUUGCUGGAGUUUCAAUGGCACCAGUACAAGCUGUACCAGCUGUAAGCAUUGCUCAGCCAGCUGCCCAACAAAUUAUUGCUCAAAGUCAGCAAUUAUUAGCAAAUCCAACAUCUCAAAUUACAUUAGCAAAUAGUUCACAAGCGCAGUUGGCAAUAGCUCAACAGAAUUUAGCAAACAAUUUAGCAGCAGCCCAACAAAAUCAACCAAUUACAAGUCAGCAAUUAACUUCGCAAGCUCAACAAUUGGCCUUAGCAGCGAACAAUACACAAUUAACAUCACAAGCUCAGCAGUUGGCAUUAGCAGCUAGCACGCCACAGUUAAUUGCGGCUCAACAAAAUUUAGCAACAUCGCAACAAAUGGCAUUGACAAACAGUAAUCAAAUGAAUGCUGCAAUAAAUACAUCACAAGCGAUUGCAAUGUCAAAUGCAACGCAACCAAUGGUUUCAUAUCCGAUAAUGACUCAAAGUGUACUUCAAAAUGCUUUACCACAUUAAUUAAUGUGAUUAGUGAUUUAUAUUAGCAGGAAAAAUAAAAAAAACUUACUUAUUAUGGUUUACAAAAGACUUAUACCAAACAAUUUAUAAUGCCCUAGUCUUGAGCUGCGAUCUUUUGUGUAUACAAUUUUUCAGGCCCGAAGUGACAUGCUUACGCCUGCGCAUUUAUUCUUACAGAAUUGCCUCAAGCGCAAGCAUAUCAUUUCAACAUUAUUUUGGCGAAAGUUUAAUAUUAAAGACAUGUUAAAUAAAGUGAGAUAAACAAUCGGUUACAUAAUCUGAAAAAUGA